AUGUCUGUAUUAUUAUAUCUGUGUGUACGCUGCUCCCUGUGUCUGUAUUAUUAUCUGUGUGUACUCUGCUCCCUGUGUCUGUAUUAUUAUCUGUGUGUACGCUGCUCUCUGUGUCUGUAUUAUUAUAUCUGUGUGUACGCUGCUCCCUAUGUCUGUAUUAUUAUAUCUGUGUGUACGCUGCUCCCUGUGUCUGUAUUAUUAUCUGUGUGUACGCUGCUUCCUGUGUCUGUAUUAUUAUAUCUGUGUGUACGCUGCUCCCUAUGUCUGUAUUAUUAUAUCUGUCUGUACGCUGCUCCCUGUGUCUGUAUUAUUAUAUCUGUGUACGCUGCUCCCUGUGUCUGUAUUAUUAUAUCUGUCUGUACGCUGCUCCCUGUGUCUGUAUUAUUAUAUCUGUCUAUACGCUGCUCUCUGUGUCUGUAUUAUUAUAUCUGUGUGUAUGCUGCUCCCUGUGUCUGUAUUAUUAUAUCUGUGUGUACGCUGCUCCCUGUGUCUGUAUUAUUAUAUCUGUGUGUACGCUGCUCCCUGUGUCUGUAUUAUUAUAUCUGUCUGUACGCUGCUCCUGCGCUCCCAGCUUACGGCAUUCGCCCGCUGUGUACGCUUUUGCCUUCUGUGUCUGUGUAUUAUUAUCUGUGUACGCCGCUCCCUGUGUCUGUAUUAUUAUAUCUGCCUGUACGCUGCUCUCUGCGUCUGUAUUAUUAUAUUCGUCUGUACGCUUUCGCUCCCUGUGUCUGUAUUUUAUCCUCGUCUGUACGCUGCUCCCUGUGUCUGUAUUAUUAUAUCUGUGUACUCUGCUCCCUGUGUCUGUAUUAUUAUAUCUGUGUGUACGCUGCUCCCUGUGUCUGUAUUAUUAUCUGUCUGUACGCUGCUCCCUGUGUCUGUAUUAUUAUAUCUGUGUACUCUGCUCCCUGUGUCUGUAUUAUUAUAUCUGUCUGUACGCUGCUCCCUGUGUUUGUAUUAUUAUAUCUGUGUGUACGCUGCUCUCUGUGUCUGUAUUAUUAUAUCUGUGUGUACGCUGGUUCCCUGUGUCUGUAUUAUUAUAUCUGUGUGUACGCUGGUCCCUGUCUGUAUUAUUUAUAUCUGUCUGUACGCUGCUCCCUAUGUCUGUAUUAUUAUAUUUGUCUGUACGCUGCUCCCUGUGUCUGUAUUAUUUAUAUCUGUGUGUACGCUGCUCCCUGUGUCUGUAUUAUUAUGUGUGUGUACGCUGCUCCCUGUGUCUGUAUUAUUAUCUGUGUGUACGCUGCUCCCUGUGUCUGUAUUAUUAUAUCUGUCUGUACGCUGCUCCCUGUGUCUGUAUUAUUUAUAUCUGUGUGUACGCUGCUCCCUGUGUCUGUAUUAUUAUAUCUGUCUGUACGCUGCUCCCUGUGUCUGUAUUAUUAUAUCUGUGUACUCUGCUCCCUGUGUCUGUAUUAUUAUAUCUGUCUGUACGCUGCUCCCUGUGUCUGUAUUAUUAUAUCUGUCUGUACGCUGCUCUCUGUGUCUGUAUUAUUUAUAUCUGUGUGUACGCUGGUUCUCUGUGUCUGUAUUAUUAUCUGUGUGUACGCUGCUCCCUGUGUCUGUAUUAUUAUCUGUGUGUACGCUGCUCCCUGUGUCUGUAUUAUUAUCUGUGUGUACGCUGCUCCCUGUGUCUGUAUUAUUUAUAUCUGUGUGUACGCUGGUUCCCUGUGUCUGUAUUAUUAUAUCUGUCUGUACGCUGCUCUCUGUGUCUGUAUUAUUAUCUGUCUGUACGCUGCUCCCUGUGUCUGUAUUAUUAUAUCUGUGUACUCUGCUCCCUGUGUCUGUAUUAUUAUAUCUGUGCGUACGCUGCUCCCUGUGUCUGUAUUAUUAUAUCUGUGUGUACGCUGGUUCUCUGUGUCUGUAUUAUUAUCUGUGUGUACGCUGCUCCCUGUGUCUGUAUUAUUAUCUGUGUGUACGCUGCUCCCUGUGUCUGCCCGCACGUUCCUCGUGUCUGUAUAUUAUCUGUGUGUGUACGCUGCUCCCCUGUGUCUGUAUUAUUUAUAUCUGUGUGUACGCUUGGUUCCUGUGUCUGUAUUAUUAUAUCUGUCUGUACGCUGCUCUCUGUGUCUGUAUUAUUAUCUGUCUGUACGCUGCUCCCUGUGUCUGUAUUAUUAUAUCUGUGUACUCUGCUCCCUGUGUCUGUAUUAUUAUAUCUGUGUGUACGCUGCUCCCUGUGUCUGUAUUAUUAUCUGUCUGUACUCUGCUCCCUGUGUCUGUAUUAUUUAUAUCUGUGUGUACGCUGCUCCCUGUGUCUGUAUUAUUAUAUCUGUCUGUACGCUGCUCCCUGUGUCUGUAUUAUUAUAUCUGUCUGUACGCUGCUCUCUGUCUCUGUAUUAUUAUAUCUGUGUGUACGCUGGUUCCCUGUGUCUGUAUUAUUAUAUCUGUGUGUACGCUGCUCCCUAUGUCUGUAUUAUUAUCUGUGUGUACGCUGCUCCCUGUGUCUGUAUUAUUAUCUGUGUGUAUGCUGCUCCCUGUGUCUGUAUUAUUAUCUGUCUGUACGCUGCUUCCUGUGUCUGUGGCUUAUUAUACUCCGUGUACUCUGCUCCCUGUGUUCGUAUUUUUAUUAUAUUCGUUCGUACGCUGCCCCUGUGUCUGUAUUUUUAUCUGUCUGUACGCCGCUCCCUGUGUCUGUAUUAUUAUAUCUGUGUACUCUGCCCCUGUAAGCCCGUGGCUAUUAUAUUCGUCUGUACGCUGCCCCUGUGUCUGUAUUAUUAUAUUCGUGUGUACGCUUGCUCCUGUGUCUGUAUUAUUAUCUGUGUGUACGCUGCUUCCUGUGUCUGUAUUAUUAUAUCUGUGUGUACGCUGCUCCCUAUGUCUGUAUUAUUAUAUCUGUCUGUACGCUGCUCCCUGUGUCUGUAUUAUUAUAUCUGUGUACGCUGCUCCCUGUGUCUGUAUUAUUAUAUCUGUCUGUACGCUGCUCCCUGUGUCUGUAUUAUUAUAUCUGUCUAUACGCUGCUCUCUGUGUCUGUAUUAUUAUAUCUGUGUGUAUGCUGCUCCCUGUGUCUGUAUUAUUAUAUCUGUGUGUACGCUGCUCCCUGUGUCUGUAUUAUUAUAUCUGUGUGUACGCUGCUCCCUGUGUCUGUAUUAUUAUCUGUCUGUACGCUGCUCCCUGUGUCUGUAUUAUUAUCUGUGUGUACGCUGCUUCCUGUGUCUGUAUUAUUAUAUCUGUGUGUACGCUGCUCCCUAUGUCUGUAUUAUUAUCUGUCUGUACGCUGCUCCCUGUGUCUGUAUUAUCAUCUGUGUGUACGCUGCUCCCUGUGUCUGUAUUAUUAUCUGUCUGUACGCUGCUCUCUGUGUCUGUAUUAUUUAUAUCUGUCUGUAUUAUUAUAUCUGUGUACUCUGCUCCCUGUGUCUGUAUUAUUAUAUCUGUCUGUACGCUGCUCCCUGUGUCUGUAUUAUUAUAUCUGUCUGUACGCUGCUCUCUGUGUCUGUAUUAUUUAUAUCUGUGUGUACGCUGGUUCCCUGUGUCUGUAUUAUUAUCUGUGUGUACGCUGCUCCCUGUGUCUGUAUAUAUCUGUGUGUACGCUGCUCCCUGUGUCUGUUAUUAUAUCUGUGUGUACGCUGCUCCCUAUGUCUGUAUUAUUAUAUCUGUCUGUACGCUGCUCCCUGUGUCUGUAUUAUUAUAUCUGUGUGUACGCUGCUCCCUGUGUCUGUAUUAUUAUAUCUGUGUGUACGCUGCUCCCUGUGUCUGUAUUAUUAUAUCUGUCUGUACGCUGCUCCCUGUGUCUGUAUUAUUAUCUGUGUGUACGCUGCUCCCUGUGUCUGUAUUAUUAUAUCUGUCUGUACGCUGCUCCCUGUGUCUGUAUUAUUAUAUAUGUCUGUACGCUGCUCCCUGUGUCUGUAUUAUUAUAUCUGUGUGUAUGCUGCUUGUCAGAUCUUGUAUAGACACCUCUUGUGCUUCAGGUCUGCAGACAUUGCGCUAGUUGUGGGAGGAAAGCGGAAACGCUGGAUCAUUGCUACUGAGAACAUGCAGGAAGGCGAUCUAAUCACCACAUCGGGGCACAUUGGACGCAUGGCAGGUAUGAGGGUCACUGUCUACAGGCAGCUCUGGAAAGGGAACCUGUUUUUAACAUGUGUAAUUUUGUGUCUCCAGUGUCUGCUAAGGAAGGAGAUGCACAUGCCUUGGGGGCACUUCCUGUGGGGACCCUCAUCAAUAACCUGGAGUUGUUUCCUGGAAAAGGGUCUCAGGUUAUCCGAGCUGCUGGUCAGUAUAUUGGAUUCCUAACAGUCUUAUAUAAACAUAAGUCUUCUUUCAGCAUGUUUAGCAAUUAAGAGAAGUAGUUCCUUAUUAAUGUAAUUCUGAAUAAAAUUUCAACCAAAUUAAAGCAGAAACUGCAUUUUAUAUUUUCAUUUUAAAUGCAUUGUGUUUGGGAUGAAACAGUUUAAAUACUCUUAGAUUGCAGUGUCUCUGUCACCGAUAUAAUGCUGUCUAAAGAAUACCUUCCCGUUACAGAUUGAGAUAUUUCCUGUCUCUCUAGUUAUAAUGUACAUCUUGCCAGACUUUCUGAGCUUUACUGAUUGUUAUCGCUGAUUAUUACCACAGAUAAAAAUCGCACCCAAAAUAAAUCGUUACAUCGGUGAAAUUAUCAAUCUGUUUAAUUGUUUAACAAUCAGAGGAUUAUUGGGUAAUAAUGGUUUCUCGUUGAGUCUUGGCAUUAUGUGUAGAUUUCUGGAAUAAUCCUUUGUGUCCAUCGUAUACAGGCACAUGUGGCGUUUUACUCAGGAAAGUGAAUGGGACUGCGAUUGUACAACUUCCAUCCAAAAGACAAAUUCAGGUGUGAAAACGUGUAUGCCUCCUUUCUCCCUCUACUGUCUUCUCCCUGCCGUACUUGCUCUGUCUUCCCCAUUUCGCCUCUUUAACCUGUAUAUAUUAUAUCUAUUGUUACCAUGUCAUUGCACCCGCUCUAAGCUGUCACCAUCAUUAAUUAUAUUAGGUGGUCAGUGUCUUAGACUUACAUGUCCUCUGUCCCUUUUCUAGGUACUGGAAACCUGCAUUGCAACGGUGGGUCGUGUUUCCAAUAUUGACCACAACAAGCGUAUAAUCGGGAAAGCAGGACGGAACAGGUGGUUAGGAAUUCGACCAUCAAGUGGUCUUUGGAAGAGGAAGGGUGGUUGGGCAGGUCGCAAGAUCAAACCUCUCCCUGCCUUGAAAAGUUAUGUCAAGUUGCCCUCUGCAUCGGCAGCUCCUCGCAGUUAA